AUGCCCAAAUUAAGCAAGAAGGAUCACAAAGACCAUGAAGCUUGCUUUCAAGCAGCACAGCAAGAUUAUGCUAGCAGAAAAUAUAAAAUGUACACUGACGCUGCCCAAGAGCAUCAAAUCUCCUGUGUUACCCUAUCAAACCAUAUCAAAGGCAAGCACACAGAUGCACGCACUGCUCAGGAGUCACAACAGAAGCUCUCAAAACCUGUUGAGCAAACACUUCUUGACUGGUGUAUUCUCAGUGGGAUGAUUGGUUUACCAUGGACCAAAGAAACCCUUUUAUCCCAUGCACAAGCAGUUGCUGAUCCUGGUGUCAAAAUUACCAUGACCUGGUGUCAACACCUCCUCCAUUGUUACCAUUGCAGGCUCAAAUACAAGUAUGCAUACAAGCUUGAUCCAAAGCAGGCUUCUGGGUUCAAUUGUCCAAAUGUUGAAACCUAUUUCAACAUGUUCAAGAAAUUAAUUGAAGACUACAAUAUACCUAUUGAACAUAUCUACAACAUGGAUGAGAAGGGUUUACAGAUUGGCAGGGGAAGGUCAACAAGUUGUUGCAAGCAUAUAUUCAGCCUCCUCCAAAAAGCGCAGUACAAGCUGAAGCAUGACAGCCUUGAAUUGAUGACCAUCAUUGAAUGUAUCUGUGUGGAUGGAUUUGAAAUGAAACCUACCUUUGUUCAUCAGCCUGGAGAUGUAGGUUUCUGGUGGGAGAACAAAGAAACUGGCUGUUGUGUCCCAACUGAGGACAGAUGGACAUUGGAUGAUAUUUGUGAGGCCUGGUUCACCAAAGUGUUCCUCAAGACCACAGCUGAGAGGCAAGUAUCCAACAUGCCACUUGUGCUUCUUCUUGAUGGACACGGCUCCCAUAUUACCCCACAAGUUCUUGAGGCAGCCUACAAAAAUAACAUGUUCAUUAUCUGCCUUCCACCAAAAACAACUCACAAGCUUCAGCCACUUGAUGUUGGGGUGUUCAAUUUAGUCCAAGUGGUGUGGAAGCAACUCUGUGAAGACAGUACCAAGAUUGGCAAGCCUAUCACCAGAACCACUGCCAUCUCAAGGUAUAUGGAGGCUUGGAAGUCCAGGCUACACCCCACUGCCAUCAAAGACGCCUGGUGGCAAUCUGGUCAACACCCACUUGACCCAGGCAUUUUUGGGGACAAAGAUUACGCACCCAGCACCAUCUCAUCCACUUGUGUCCAUUUGCCCCCAUCAUUCCCACAGCUUGAUGUCCCUGUGCUUGACCAACCAAUUGGAAUUGUCAAACCCAACCCAGGCGCCUUAGACCAAGUGUAUAACCCCCCACCGUUCAAGGUUCCCAAUGCUGCACAAAUGCAGGCACCCAAAGGUGCCAAUCCUGCUCCAGAAGCACUCCUUCAGGCCAAAAACCAAGGGCUUUGCCAGCAAGUCCAGGCCUGUACAAAGCCACAGAGGGCCCAAGACAAAGCAGCUGCAGCUUUGUUGGUGCAAAAGCAUGGGUUUUUGAUGAACCCAGAGACCAAAGCCAAGUUCCAAACGCAUCUGGCUGAGUUACAAGAGAAACAGGCAGCCAACAAACAAAAGGUGAUGGAAAAGGAGGUGCAAGCAAGGGAGCUUGAGGGUAAGCAUAGCUGGAUGAUUGCAGAUCCCAACUACGUGUUUGCUGGGACAAUCCAGAGUUACAAGGUUGCCAAUCUCAAGCAGAUUGGUGACCUUGCAGCAUUGCUUGCCCUCCUGUUUGUUGGCCUGAAAAAAGCCAAUAUUUUUAAUAAUAUAGCCAACCAUUUUGAGACUCACCCAGAGCUCAAAGCUCUCCCUCAAUAUUCUAAUCUCUUUUGUGUUACUUGCCCUUGUCAAACUGGCCCCACAGUCAAUCACAACCACAAAGCUAUUGACCAAGUGCCAGUGAUGGUGACCAAACCCACACUCCCACCUCAGCCAUAG